AUGAGAAAAGGAGAAGAUACCAAGAAGAACAAGUACAACCUCUCUUCCGGAGCAGCAGCUUGGCCACUCCACCAACAACAGCUGUUCCUCCGCUGCUCUCUGCUACUGUGCGCCCUCGUUGCCUCCCGUGCGCCUCUCGCUUUCUCUCCUCCUAACCUGCGCACUUGCCCUUCUUCUGCUUCUGACUCACCAUCAUCCUCCCACCCCGCUUCCCCUAAUCCUAUCCAACGCCGCUCUUCUCCCUCUUCUUCACCCUUCUUCACCCAGCCGCCGCUCCCCUGUUGCGAUCCCAUCGUCGCCGGCCCCGUCCGACAGAUCCCCAGUUCGGAUCGCCGGCUCCGAUCCAUGUCCAAGGCCCGGGUUUACACCGACGUCAACGUCGUCCGCCCCAAGGAGUACUGGGAUUACGAGUCUCUUACUGUUCAGUGGGGUGAUCAAGAUGAUUAUGAAGUUGUCCGCAAAGUUGGAAGGGGAAAGUACAGCGAGGUUUUUGAAGGCAUAAAUGUCAAUACCAAUGAGCGAUGUGUUAUCAAGAUCCUAAAACCUGUUAAGAAAAAGAAGAUCAAGAGGGAGAUAAAGAUACUUCAGAACCUUUGUGGUGGCCCUAAUGUAGUCAAGCUUCUGGAUAUUGUCAGAGAUCAGCACUCAAAAACUCCAAGCUUGAUAUUUGAAUAUGUGAAUAGCACAGACUUCAAAGUUCUAUAUCCAACUUUGACUGAUUAUGAUAUACGCUACUACAUGUAUGAACUUCUAAAGGCUUUGGAUUACUGCCAUUCGCAAGGAAUCAUGCACAGAGAUGUCAAGCCUCACAAUGUCAUGAUUGAUCAUGAAUUGCGUAAACUCCGACUGAUUGACUGGGGUCUUGCUGAAUUUUACCAUCCUGGGAAGGAAUACAAUGUUCGGGUUGCAUCCAGGUACUUCAAGGGGCCUGAGCUCUUAGUUGAUCUCCAGGACUAUGACUAUUCUUUGGAUAUGUGGAGCCUUGGUUGCAUGUUUGCUGGAAUGAUAUUCAGAAAGGAACCUUUCUUUUAUGGUCACGACAACCAUGAUCAACUUGUGAAAAUUGCUAAGGUACUCGGAACUGAUGAGUUGAAUGCAUAUCUAAACAAAUACCAUCUAGAGCUUGAUCCUCAACUUGAUGCACUUGUUGGAAGGCACAGUAGGAAGCCGUGGUCCAAGUUUAUUAAUGCAGAUAAUCAGCAUCUUGUUUCCCCCGAGGCAAUUGACUACCUUGACAAGCUCCUUCGAUAUGAUCAUCAGGACCGGUUAACUGCGAAAGAAGCAAUGGCACAUCCAUAUUUCGCACAGGUGAGGGCUGCAGAAAGCAGCAGAAUGAGGACACAGUAG